AAUGAAAACUUGUAUUUCUUCGCUGUAUAGAAUUUUGGAAUUCUAUGCAUUUUGAGCACUCACUGACUUCCUUGCACCACUAAAGUGAUUAGUUGCUCCAUUCAGUCAAGCACCACUGUACAACAGAAGAGCUAACUGACUUCACCAAGCUAUGUACCAACGCUUCUCCAGUAUGCUCUUUGGAAUGUUUGACCAUGCUGAAAACAAAAAUCAGGAACCUGAGCUUUGUGAGAAGGAGGAUGACGAAUGGAUUCUGGUCGAUUAUAUAGAUGCUUGCACUGAAUUCUCUAGAGAAGAAUUGGAUGACAUAGACAGAGAAAGCUCUCCAAAAUCAGCUAUUUUCUCUUCAACCUCUUCUCUUGAGUUGCUCGGCAAUUGCAGUGACCCUUGCUUUCUUCAGCUUGACUCCUGUACUUUGGAGGAGAGCUGGUUCAUUACCCCUCCCCCAUGUUUCACUGCAGGUGGCCAUGCCCCAGUGCAGGUGGAGACCAGUCCAAUGGAAAAUCUUCUUAUUGAACACCCCAGCAUGUCUGUAUAUACAGUGCACAAUGUCCGAAGCAAUAUGAGAGAGAACAGCAGGUCUGUUGAAUAUGAGAAUGAAACAAUCAGGACUGAAAGCCCUAGCAGAGUAGGCCACCAUAUUCGCUGCUAUGCAGCUACUCUGGCCACCCACACCAGUUUUGUAGAACAAGCCAGUCAGCUUCGUCAUGUUCAACGUGGUAAAGAACAUGGUACAAAACACCUCAUUAACCGUAACAACAUUCGCCGCCAAAACCUUAUUAGAGAGUGCAACUCUCGACAAGCUAAGCACAAUGGACAUAUUCUACACCAACCUUGCCAGCGCCAGUAUAAUUAUUAAUUGUCAUUGCUAUUUCAAUUUUUAAAACAACGUUUUUGUUGUAAAUACAGUAUGUAUAUGUAACUUUUUAUAGGAUUUCAUAUUUAACAAAAUUAGCAAUCAUUAAUCACAUGGAGUAUUUUAGGGUUUCUAUUCUACUUUCUGGGUGCUUUAAAAUCAGUAUCACCAAAUGCCUUGCUCUGAAUGAUAGGAUUUUACUCUUAAAAUCUACAAAUCUCUUUGCAAUCUUUUUCUUAUAUAGGAUUCGUUUGUUUGUUAGGAAUUCCAUCUCCAAAUAAAGAUCUGUGCAAAUGUAUUUGUAUUGUGCGUGCAUAUGUGCAACGUAUAGCUAUAUUAUAAAACGUGAAUGCUGUCAACAUAAUCAGUAGCAAAUGUUGCCUGGUAGAUGGAAUGAUACUUUCAGAUGUGCUUUGUUAUGUGAAGUGAGAUUUAUCUUAUUUCGCAACACAGAUUCUCAGGGACAGUACAUUGUAUUUUUUUUCUAAAUAUCUGUAUGUGACAGCAAGGAAGUCCUAUGUAAAUGUAUAUUUCAUUUUUUUUUUAGAAAUGGACCUUUUGUGGAUUGAUGGCAUUAAUAUUGCUCCAGGGUAUUUGUAAAUAGUCAAAAAUUUUGGGGCUACAUAUAUGACUUCCCUCUUGGUGGCAAUUUGAAUAUGUCUAAAAAUGUUAUGCUUCUAUGUUAUCCAUGUUUUACCCCUAUAAACUUGCUGUAGCUUUGACACUUUUUGAUGAUGGAUGAUACCUUGGUGCUCUGUAUUUAAAUGAAAGACUUUCCCCCAACUAUACUCUGGUUUUCAUAUUUUACAGAGUAAUGGACCUGCCAUGGUUAUAAAAUCUUUCCAUUUAAUAAUAUAUGUCUGUCCCAUUUUCCAAAGAUUUUCCUGCAUUUUCUUUUGGAGAAAUGUGAUGUCUUGAGUAAGUGUGGAUUCUGGUAGCUGCUGAAGAAUCAUUUUCCCAAUGUGGAUCUUCUCUUGAUUUUAUUAGUACUGCAGCGCAUAUGAAAUAAUAAACAAAUAUCUGUCUAUUAUUUCAUACUUAGGAAAGCUUUUAUAUAACAAGGUUUUACUCUGGAUAAGCACCUUGAAGAAAUAAUUGGAAAAUUAGAAUAAGUAACUGUACUUCAGUUAAUAAACUUUUAAGAUUUUGCACACAAUAAAUAAACAAAAUUAUCUGUAAUGAAAUUUUUAAUUCAUUAUCAAAUUAUCCAACCAUGCCUCAGGAUUUGUUUUUAAAUUUGCAACUACUUUCAUACAUCACUGUUUUCUCUACAGAUAGAGGAAACUUUUAAAACCUUGCUGUCCAGCAAAUCUUAUGAAAGGCCUCAUUAAUUCCUCUUGGGUUGUCCAGAAAACUGAGUUAAGUCUAUCUUUGUAAAAUGCAUAAACUUUAACACUGGUGAAGAAAAUGUGAUAUAAUAUCUCUCUUUCAUGAUUAUUUUGGAUAUUAAUCACUGAUAACAUUGUGGUAGACUUUAAUUGGAUAUUUGGUGAAAUGCUUGCAGACAUUUAUGCUGUACAGAAAACUCUGUAGUUGGACGUUAAAGAUAAUUUAGUCUAACCAAACUGUUAACUGCUUUUGAUGUUGUACAGGUUGAUAACAUUUGACUGACUUAAUUUGUUUUUAUAAAAUCUUCUUUGUAUCUUAUUUCAUCGAGAGUUGAUUACGUUGGUUGUGAUGAGAUUAAAAUAAUAGAAAAAACCUAAAAACAAUUGAACAAAGCUUGUACGUGUUACUUCAAGAAAGUGUAUGUUACAUAUAAAGACAUUAAACUGUAGCUUUGGAUUGAUGAAUAUUUUGAACAGGAGUUCAUGUUUGGUUUUGUUAUAUAUGUGCCUUCCAGUGUAAAUUCAUUACGUCAGUACAUUGUUUUGUGUUACAUGUAAAGAAGAUAUGAAAGAGCCAGAUGCUGUAAAUAUGACAAACAAUGCAACUAUGCACAGGAAGGAAUUUGUUUGUGGAGUUACUUUGUACAGUUUAUAUUCGUUUGAACCAGAUCAUUGAUGAGAGAAAGCCUGGAGAUAUUUUAACUCAUUCAGGACUUUAUGGCCAUUUGACUAACUGGCAUCAUUAUCCAAUUUGCAGAAUAAAUACAGCACUUUGCCAAAUAAGUGUGUCAACUUUAUAGACUUGUAGAAUUAGUGAUAUAAUUUUAUUUACUAAUUUAGUAUAUGGCUAUUUAUUAGUGAUUCCAAAAUGUUAACUAGUGCAGUUUGCACUAGUGAAAUUGCUUUUUUUAAAAAAAUGAAUAUUUUCUAGUCUUUCCAUCUACGU